AUGGUCAGAAUACCAAAAAGUGAUGCUCAUCAUUCUAACGACAUGUCUUCAAACGGUGAAUAUAAAGACAAACAAGGCAGUGGAGCUGGUCUCCCAUUGACGAAAAGUGAAAACAGCGAUGGCAAAAAGACGCUUUCGAACGGAAUGAGUCGCGUUCAUCGCGUUUACACCGAUGAAGAAUUGGCGCAAGGCCGGAAUACACGAUGGACGGAGCUUGAGAUUCAUGGACGCGUUCGAAAUUUGUCGCCGGCACUUUGGCAGAAUUCGCAUUUGUCGGCGCUUUUCCUCAACGGCAACCAAUUGACGAGAGUGCCGCCGGAGAUAGCGCAGCUGACUAAUCUAACAAUGCUCGACUUGUCCCACAACAAGCUUCGCUCGCUUCCGACGGAACUCGGUGAUAUGAUCACUCUCUGUCAUCUUUAUCUCAAUCAUAACCAACUUCGUGUUCUACCUUAUGAGCUCGGAAAAUUGUUUCGAAUUCAAACAUUAGGUCUUCAAGGCAAUCCGCUAUCACCGGAAAUAAGCAAAAUAUAUCACGAGUCGAACGGCUCGCUGAAAAUAUUGCAGUUUCUGUUGGAUCACUUAACAAGUUAG